UCAUUUCUUGUCUAGAAAGCCAAACGCAUCGCCGCUAUAAAGUUCAAGACAGAAAAGAGUCCAACAGAGAGAAAUCAACAAGAGAGACAUAACAAUGGAAACUCCAAAGACAAUAGCGCACGAAAUCGGAGGAGUCCGAAACGAUGCACUUCGUUUUGGAAUUCAAGGCGUCAAGAGUGAAAUCGUUGAAUCUCAUCCCCUCCAAUCUGCCUAUCACUCUGCAAGGAAGACGCAGGAGGAGAUGAAGAGAAGGAUCCUCGCGAACACGUACGGGUCGGCUUUUCCGAUGAAGAUGGAACUGGAUCGUCAAAUUCUUUCUAGAUUUCAAAGGCCUGCAGGAGCUAUACCAUCUUCUAUGCUAGGAUUGGAGGCUAUGACAGGAGAUUUGGAAGACUUUGGUUUUGAAGAUUACCUCAACGACCCACGUGAGUCUGAAAGUUUCCGACCUGUGGACAUGCAUCACGGAAUCGAAGUUCGUCUUUCCCUCUCCAAGGGACCAGUUUGCCCCAGUUUCAUUUGAAGAAUUUCAUCAAUGCUUCCAAAAGCCUAUUAUGUGAUGGUGCUUCAUGAAUAUUUGUUUUCUUUUUCUGAAUUCAAAUGUAUAAGACAAGUAAAAAUGAAUGCCUCCCGUGUGCCUGUACUUCUAUUAACUUGCAACUAUUUACAGUUGGGACUUUUUUUUUCCCCUCUUCGGGAACUUAUGAGCUUGUUAGGCUUCGACAGGAUAAAAAUCAUAUGGAGGAUCGUUUGAGUCGCC